CAAGAAGCGAGCAGCAGAGCUCAGCGUUUGGAGCGAGAUGAUGAGCAGCAGCAGCAGCUUGGUGUCCGCCAUUUCUGCGUCACCGUCUGCCACUGCAAAAGCUCGCCUUCGUCAUGACGAUGCAGCAACAGCAACAGGAGCAGCAGCAGCAGCAGCAGUAGCAGCGAGGCAGCUAAAGACGGAGCAUGGCGGCUGCUGCUGCUGCCGGAGCAGAGGCCGGGCGGUGGUGGCGAGGGCGGGGCCCGGGCCACUGACGGAGAUCGAGCCCGACCUGAACGAGGACCCCAUUGAUAAGUGGCGCACCAACGGCGUCAGCCCGGACGACUUCGAGUAUGGAGUGUAUGAUGGUCACCACACAUAUAAUGAAACCCAAGAUAAGAAGGGCUUUUGGGAGGAUGUCUCUGAGUGGUACCAAGAAGCUGAACCUCCUCAGGGCUUCCAAGCACUGAUCUCCUGGUUGUUUCCUCCUGCAAUCAUCCUUGGCAUGGCCUUCAAUGUUCCGGGGGAGUACCUCUACAUCGGCGCAGCAGUGUUCGUCGUCGUGUUCUGCGUUAUCGAGAUGGACAAACCGGACAAGCCACACAACUUUGAGCCGGAGAUCUACAUGAUGGAGAGAUCGGCUCGCGACAAGCUCAUCGCCGACUACAACACCAUGGACAUCUGGGACUUCAACGAGAAGUACGGCGAGCUCUGGGACUUCACCGUCGACAGAAGAGAUGAGAUUGUGAAAUCGUCUUAGAUAUGGUAUUCAGAAAUGGGGGGUCACAUUUGUUAGAUGCAGCUGCAGAAACAGUUCAGAAAAUCAGAACCACUCCAAAGAAAAGCAGGGUGGCAAAGCUGCAAGAUGAGUCUCUUCAAAAUAAAGAACUUUGAGAUGAAAUGAUGUGUGUAUGGAUCAUCUCAUCUACUGUAAGGCCUGCUUUCUAUGUCUCUGACAGUCUCAACUCUGAAGUUCUCAGCCAGGUACAAAAGGAGACUGAAAAUUCUGUCAUGUGUAUUUUGUUUUCCCCCCAAUGUAAUGGAGAAAAUCCUGUGAAUGACAUCACUAAUUCAAUAGAUAUAUAUAGUAGUAUAAUGGAAUAACUUUGGCAUCAGCCUCCAAUAUUAUCAAUAUGUAAAAGAAAAGGAAAUAUCAUUCUUUUCUUGUACAGGAAAAGGAAUAAAGGGAACCUCACAGCUGUUCCUUUUUUGUA